GCAGAAGGUACGUUUUAUCUAUUGCACAAAGUUUUCACGCCAGCAUAAUUUUAACAGGUGCGAUUAAACAUAGCACACGUGUGCUAUCGUAUAUGCUAGUAUAUAAGAUCCAACCGAGUGAAGACGUAUCAUACCAUCGAAAUGUUGUCGAAACUGAUUGUCUUUAUUGCCUUUCUUGCCGUAGUUAGCUCUGACGGGAAACCAUACCGCGGUUAUCCUUUACCAUUUUACCCCAAAUAUACCAAUGAAGCAACGGAAGUUCCAAUAAAAUCUGUCCCAUGGCAAGCCUCCCUUCAAUGGGGUCACACUUCUCACACUCACUUCUGUAGCGGAGCUAUUAUCAACGAGCGAUGGGUCCUCACUUCAGCACACUGUGCUUUGAUGGUUCCACCCUACGGUGACUUUGUGGUUAAGGUAGGAAAGCAUGACUUGCAAAUCAAGGAACGCACUGAACAAACGGUCUUUGUUGAAAAAUCUAUCAUACAGAGGAAUUAUGAUGGAGAAGCGGGUCCCUAUGACAUCGCCUUGCUGAGACUGUCCAAAUCAUUGGAGUACACCGAUUCCGUCAAUAGUAUCGAUCUACCGGAAUCAGGAAACGUAUCGAACGGAGCUGCUGUUACCUUAACAGGCUGGGGAUCAUCUUGGAGAACAUACGCUCCAAUUAUGCCUGACAAACUUCAACUCCUGAAACUAAAUACGAUAGACAUAGACACUUGUAACAAAUCUGUAAUACAGCUUACAGGUUCAUCUUCCUUAUCUGUCAACACCAUUUGUACUGGUCCCCGCAGUAGUGGUUUUGCCACGUGUAAUGGUGACCCUGGCAGUCCAUUGGUCGUGAGUAACGGCACCAAUUAUGAACUGAUCGGCAUCGCUUCCUGGGGAAUCGUUCCGUGUGGUACGUUCGGUGCACCAACGAUCUACACGGAAGUAUACCCUUAUAUUGAUUGGAUUAUUAAUAUUAUGAUGUAUGCAUAACACUACAUUGCCGAUUGGCAUAAUAAUAUUGCUAGAGUGUCAACGGCUACCGCUCGAGCACAAUGUUAGCGAUAUACAUAUAUACAAUAGAAAUAAAUCACACGAUAUAAUAAACAAUAAA